AUGUGCCUCUUUCACGGCUGGCUGAUGACCGCGUACCUGCGCGGCGAGCCCGGCUCCGCCAAGCAAGCGGCGCUGCUGCGCGCGAUCUACAGCGGCGAUUUGACGCCGUCCGCCGCGCUCACGUCGCUGUCGUAUGGCUUGAUGACGCGCCUGCCCUCGCUCGAGGACGCGCCUCCCCUCGUUCUCGAGGUGAACGAGCGGAUUGCGCUCGAGGCGCAGCUCUCCGUGCUUACCAGCGACAUCGCCUCGUGCGAGAAGCUGCUGCGCACGCCCAUCCCGCUCGGCUACACGCGCUACUCGGUCCGGUUCCUCUGGAUCUGGCUGACUCUGCUCCCCUUUGCGCUGACCAACACCUUCGUCAACUUUGGGGUUGGCACGUGGUGGGAGGUGAAGGCGCUGUUUGCACACCCGACGGGCUCGGGCGUGCGCGCGCCAGCGCAGCCGCCCGCGGGCGGCGGAGUGGCCGAGGGGCGGGUGGCGGGCGAGGGGGCGGAAGCCGUCGAGGGGGCAGCCAGGGGCUCUCCGUCUCAGAGUAGGCAGGCGAAUUGA